AUGGCUCCUCGUCGUGGUUCACGUAAAUUAUCAGAUUUGCAAUUAUGUUUAAAACAUGAGUUUGAGCAAAUGAUAAAGAAAACGAGAGAAGCAAAACAAAUGUUGAUAAAAGCGUCAAAAAUGGAAGAAUUAGAUAAAAAUGAUCGUUUAAAUUUACAUAAUCAAAUUGACGAUUAUAAACUAAAAAUGAUGGGAAAGUUAGAUCAGAUUCAUGAUAUAUUCGAUUCGAUGUACGAUGAUCGAUUUGAAGAUUUUUAUCAACAAGCUCUAGAUGAAAAAAAGAAGAAAAAUGAAGAAUAUAUGAAUGUCCUUCGUCGUUCACCAACAUUCAAUAGCCUUUCGCACCAUUUUACCAUAACGAGUUCAAGUGAAGAAGAGGAGGAAGACACUUCAAAAUUAAAAAUCAUAUUUAAAUCAAAACAACAACAAAAAUCGACGUCAUCGACUCCUUCUCGACCUUCACUCUAUUCGGAAACGACGACGCCAAAUACAAGUACAGCUUCAACACCAGUAAUAAAAUUCAAAGAAACAGUCAAUUGGGCACUAACAACAAUUAAAAAACGUGGACCGAAAAAGACGGGUAUUUCGUUUAAACGCUCAUUUAGUGAACCCGAACAAGUUGUUAAACACGCACUGAAACAUGUUCGACAUCGCUUUGAAGAAGACGAUGAUGAUGAUAUUACUUGGAAACCACAGAUGAAAACAGCCGCUACGGGUGCAAAACCGGUUAUUAAACGUCCAACUAUAAAUAUAGAUGAUAUUGAAAAUGAGACGAGUGAUAUAGAAGAACCACAGAAUGAACAAGAUGAAGAUCUUCUAUGGAAGAGACGAGCAAAACAAAUCAGAGCAAAUGACGUCAGUGAAGAACCCACAAUACAACUAUUUGAGAAAAUGAUGAAUGGAACACAAAAUGGUAUUCACUGUCGUACAGAGUCACUUGAAGAAGAAAGAGAUAUUCUAGAAGAUAUAGUUGAUAAAAAGGAAGACGGACCUGAUUUAUGUGAUAUUCAACCAGAUACCACAAUCGAUAUACAACCAGAGAAAAUGAAAACAAUGAUUAAUGAGAUCUCAAAUCAACGUUCGUCAUCUCCCCCGUUGAUUCCUCUCGAAAUCUUCUUGAUUCAAGAAGAAAUUCUUAAUAUGAUUACCACUGCAGAAGAACAACCUGCUUCGAAAAUAUCAUCGCAAAUGUCUUCCAAGCUUAUUAUAAAUGAUGACGCCAAAAUCGCUAUGACGCCUCCACCGGCACCGCCUCCCCCCGUUGUUAAAACACCUCGCCCAUCUAUAUUAACAGCCACACCACCGCCAGAAAAAAUGAAGAAACCAUCAAUCCUAACGGCAAUACCCCCACCAAAAUCGUCGAUUUUAACAGCAACGCCACCGCCUAAAGUCGCACCCGCUGCUCCCAUAUCCACCAUUCCAGUAAGUCAGCCUAAGCCACCACCACCACCACCAACAGCAACAACAACGACUGCUUCAUCUAUCACAUUCGAAAAGUCACCCGAAAAGUCACCAUCUAUUUCGGUCGAGAAACCAAAUCCAUCUUCUCAGCAAACAAACACACAGCAAUUUUCACAGCCAUCUUCUCAGCAACCAUUUUCUCAACAAAGUGACUCACAAACACAGUCUUUCAGUCAAAGUGUACAUUCGCCCUCCGUUCAAUCCCAACCGCCACCUGGGUACAAUAAUCCUUAUCGUGUCUUUUUGACCGAUCCGUCAACAAAAACAACCAUAUUCAACUCACCAGUAAAACCACAACAGCAAACAAGAAGAGGGGGAGCAAGGCGUGGUCUGUCGAGACAACAGUCGUCGCAACGAUAA